AAUGUUUAGUUUUGUGCUGCGAAAUAAGCCCUCGUUAUAACUGAAAUUUAAACUCAAACAACAUUGUUUUACAUAGAAAAAACUAUAAAGGGAGCUGGUCCCUGACAAGCGAUUGUUUAUAACCAUCUUUGAGCGUUUUUCAUUGGCUGACGCCAAAAACUCUAGAAGGGGUGGCUAAAGCUCUGGAAGGGUGAUGUAGACCCCUCUAUUCACAUAAAAAAAAAAAAAUUAGGAUUAGAGCUUCCAACGACGGGACCCAAAAAUUGUACUAUAUAUGCCGAAAUGGCCAUUUUUUUCUAGUACUAUAUUGUUUCUCCUUGCUAACAUAAGAAGAAGAAAUGGGAGCAGCUACUGCCACUUCCCUUCGCGUCUUUCUGUCACUUAUUCUUUUAUCGCUAUUGCAUACUCCCACCUUUGCUACGGAGAAGCACUCUUUUGUGGUGUACAUGGGAGCUCAUUCUCACGGCAAAAGUGUCUCGCCUGUUGAUUAUGAUCGAGUGACUGAGUCACAUUAUAUGUUUCUUCAGUCAUUCUUGGCAGAGACCGAAGAGGCCAAAGAUUCCAUCUUUUACUCGUAUACAAGACACAUUAAUGGUUUUGCUGCAAUGCUUGAUGAUGAAGCAGCAGCUCAGAUAGCUAAGCAUCCCAAAGUUGUCUCGGUUUUUCUGAACAAGGCAAGAAAAUUACAUACAACGAGGUCAUGGGAAUUCAUGGGGCUCGAGGAUGGUGGUGCAAUCCUCCCCAGCUCGAUCUGGCAAAAGGCCAGAUUUGGUGAAGAUGCUAUCAUUGGCAAUCUAGAUACCGGUGUUUGGCCAGAAUCAAUGAGCUUUAGUGAUGAAGGACUAGGACCAGUUCCAUCAAAGUGGAAAGGUAUUUGCCAAAAUGAUGUUGAUCCAGGCUUCCACUGCAACAGGAAGCUAAUUGGGGCAAGAUAUUUUAACAAAGGUUAUGCUGCUUUAGUUGGAUCUCUUGAUCCAUCCUACGACUCACCACGUGAUACUGGAGGACAUGGAUCACAUACCUUAUCAACAGCUGGUGGAAGUUUUGUGCCUGGGGCAAAUGUUUUUGGUUUUGGCAAUGGGACAGCAAAAGGUGGAUCACCAAAAGCACGAGUGGCUGCCUACAAAGUUUGCUGGCCCCCCAAGGGUGAUAAUGAAUGCUGUGAUGCAGAUAUAUUAGCUGCGUUUGAUGUUGCUAUUGACGAUGGUGUAGACGUGUUGUCUGUUUCACUGGGAAAUGAUGCUGUUGGGUUUUUUAAUGAUAGUGUUGCCAUUGGUUCUUUUCAUGCUGUGAAGCAUGGUAUAUUUGUGGUCUGUUCAGCUGGAAACUCUGGACCAGAUGCUGGUACUGUUGCAAAUGUAUCACCAUGGCAAUUUACGGUUGGAGCCAGCACCAUGGAUCGCCAGUUUCCUAGUUAUGUCAGUCUUGGCAACAAGAUGCAGAUCAAGGGGGAAAGCCUUUCAAUAGAUGCAUUGCCAAGCAAGGAGUUCUAUCCAGUUAUUCUAUCUAAAGAUGCCAAAGCAUCAUAUGCAUCUGAAGAAGACGCUGAGCAUUGUAAAUCUGGAUCCCUGGAUUCUAGUGAAGUGAAGGGAAAAAUAUUGGUGUGUCUUCGAGGUGAUAAUGGGAGGGUUGACAAGGGCAAACAAGCUCUUUCAGCAGGUGCCCUGGGAAUGAUUCUUGCUAACAAUGACCUUACUGGAAAUGAAAUUGUCGCUGAUCCUCACGUGCUACCUGUCUCACAUAUCACAUACUCUGAUGGCCUUGCGGUCUACCAAUACAUCCAUUCAACCAAGUCUCCAGUGGCUUACUUAACCCGUCCAACAACUCAAUUGGGUAUCAAACCAGCUCCCCUAAUGGCUGUUUUUUCAUCAGCUGGACCAAACCCUGUAACUCCAGAGAUCCUCAAGCCUGACAUCACUGCACCAGGAGUGAGCAUAAUAGCUGCCUACAGACCGUUUCAAGAUCCGCAAUUUGACAAGAGCCAAGUUGUUUUCAAUGCAAUGUCAGGCACUUCCAUGUCAUGUCCUCAUGUGUCUGGCAUCGCUGGCCUGCUAAAAACCAUUUAUCCGACAUGGAGUCCUGCUGCAAUCAAAUCUGCAAUCAUGACAACCGCAAGAACACAAGAUAACACUAUACAUGCAAUGACCAAUGUAUCCCACUUAAAGGCAACGCCGUUCUCCUAUGGAGCAGGACACGUGGAACCAAACCGCGCUAUGGAUCCUGGACUGGUUUACGACUUAACUGUAAACGAUUACCUCACAUUUCUAUGUUCCCUUCAUUACAACCAAAGCCAGAUCACACUAUUUUCAGAGGAGCCUUAUACUUGCCCGAAACAAAUUAGUCUGACAGACUUCAAUUAUCCUUCCAUCACUGUCCCGAACCUCAAUGGCUCGAUCACAGUGACUAGAACAGUUAAGAAUGUAGGUUCACCAGGUACGUACAAAGCACGUGUAAUUAGGCCACCUGGAAUAACAGCUUCAGUUGAACCACAUAGCAUGAGAUUUGAGAGGGUAGGUGAAGAGAAGAGUUUUGAACUGACAUUGAAGAUCAAACAGAGAAAUGCAGCUAAGGAUUAUGUGUUUGGAAAGCUGAUAUGGUCAGAUGGUAAGCACUUUGUGAGGAGUCCCAUUGUGGUUAAGGCAAUAUAUGUCUAAAUUUUUUUCUGGCAGGAUGAAAAAAAGAAAAUAUAUUUCUUUUGGAUAAUUAUUAUUAGUAGAUAUUCUCUAAUGAUUUCUCAAUAUAUUCAACUCAACAUGGAAGGUUGGCAUUUUUCAUAUUCGUGUGC